AUGAUGGCUUUCUUUACCAGAUCUGUUUUCAGAUGGCGCUUGCUGGCGCUUGCUCGGUAUGAUACUCGGCAAAAUGUGGCCCGUGUCUGCGUGCUCCUCUUGUCGCGCAAGCGGAAAUGCAUUCCCGUCACCACAGGAGCGCCGUGCGAGUUUUGCACUCUGAAAAGAUGGCAAUGUGAUCUUCUCGCCUCACCGUACACAGUUCAACUUACUAAUACGGACAAUAUUGCACUUUACCAUGAUUCAGGACCGCGCGCUGGCCCAUGCUCAAGCGACAUUCCCACAGCGGUCUGUGACGAACUCGUAGACCUCUAUUUCGAUCUCGUCCACGACAAGCAACACAUCAUAUUCCACCUCUAUACUUUUAUUCAGGAUCAGCGGCGUGGCCGGGCUGCGGACUUUCUGGUUCUGGGUAUGGUUGCCUUGAUGGCCAGCUUUUCCUCCCAUCCUUUCUUCGACGGUUUUACCCCACGGGAUCGGGGUAGGCUCUGGCUGCAGCGCGCCGUGCAGGCGUUCAAUAUGCGGCCCAAACUUAUCGAUAUAGAAUCCCUACAAGGGUGCCUCCUCGCGUUCGUUUCCUUGGUUGAAAUGGAUGCUGUCCAGGAUACGCUGCUCAGUGCACAGGCUAUUCGCAUGGUGCAGGUCUUGCAGCUGCCAAUGGUGCUCAGCUCAGAACCUAUUCGCAGAGAGAGGAUGAUAGUGUUCUGGCAGUGCUGGAUGAUGGAUACCUGGCACUCAGUGCAAGCGCAGUUCCCCACGCAGUUAAAGGUUGGCGCGGACUUCAAACCUCCACUGGAAGAGGGCGCGUUUGCCGCAAUGCGAGCAACAGAGCCACCGGAUCUGCACACCGAAGAUCGUAUAGUCGAGGAGGGUUUGCGAGAGGGCAGUCUCUGGAGCCUAGUCCUUCCAUUAACCGAGAUUCACGGGCAAGUUGUUCUCUUUAAUGAUGAGCUGGCGCGCCAGAGCCUCGCCCGUGGAGAGAUUCGGGACCGGGUGGCAGUACUCACCGCGAGAUUAGAUUACUGGCUGCAGUCUCUACCGGAUGGACUCCGCGAUACACCAGAGAACUGGCAGGUUCAAACAGAACGAGGGCGGCAUCGUGAGUUUGCUGCUAUGCACAUGCUCUACCACCACCAGUCCCAGUUGCUGUACUACCAAUUCCUACACAAGGCCGUUUCCUCCACAUCAACAUGGACAUCACCAUCAAUGCAACCAGACCCCGAGGCCAUCCAAUGCGCAGGCAGAUGCAAAUCCCACGCGACGAGACUAAGCGAGAUAAUGUGGAAUCUCAACUCAACACCAGAAACGCAAUGCCUCUGGUCCCCACUCAACGGGCACCUCCUAGUCAUCGCCUCGUCAAUCCACCUACACUCCAUGCUCUUCGACACACAUGCCUCGGCGCUUGAAUCUGCCCGCCUAGUCCUGGAGCAUAACUUCAUCAUGCUCCUGCAGCUUCAGAAAUACUGGCCUAGUCUGCAGUUGUCGCUUUCGUGGCUCCGCGCGUUCCAUCGCGCUUGCCUGAUGGAGCGGUCCGAGAGGCAUUUUGAUAUGGAUUUCUGGAUGAUUGCGUUUUUGAACCGGUAUAUGAAUAACGUACCGGAGGGGCAUGAGGAUCUCGAUCUUACCCCUAGCAAUAGUAAUGCUAGUGGCCUGAGUGACAGUCCGCUGAUUGUGGGGUCGCCGGGGAGGGGGGUAUGGUGGAAAGAACUUUUCGGGGAGGAGGAGCAGGGUUCAGAUCCUUUUAAUCAUGAGUCGGAAUGA